AUGGAUUUGAGAACUACCUAUGCAUCCACGAAACUAGAGCCGUUUUAUGCUGGUACUGGUGCUAUAGCAUCUGUUUCUGAAGAUGGACGAUUAUUAGCGACUUCGGUCGUCGAUAAAAUCAACAUUGUUAGCUUAGAUAGCCCACGCCGAGUGUUGCAUUCUGUUGAUACUGAGGAUGAACAAGACAUCACCGCAUUGCAUUUAACUCCAGAUGGUUCUUAUUUGUGUUUUGUCUCACAAGCGCAGUUGCUCAGAGUGUAUUCUUUGAAACAAGAAAGAAUUAUCAGAUCAAUGAAGAUUUCGUCACCGGUGUACGUCAUGAAUUGCGAUCAAACAUCUACACUUUUGGCUAUAGGUGGUACUGAUGGUAGUGUUAGUGUUAUUGAUAUUGAAAAUGGAUAUGUCACGCACUCUUUGAAAGGACAUGGUGCUACCAUUUCAAGUGUAAAGUUUCACGGUGAGUUGAACAGUGAAAUUUGGAAGCUUGCAUCUGGUGAUACCAACGGUAUGAUUAAAGUCUGGGAUUUAGUUAAACGUAAUUGUCAAUGCACUAUUCAGGAACAUACUACAGCUGUUAGAGGGCUAGAUUUCCGUGUCACUGAUGAAGAAAAGGGAACGCUGCAGUUAUUAUCUGGUGGUAGAGACAAUAUCUUAAAUCUCUUCGAGUUUAAUUCGACGAAAAAGUAUAAGCUACUGAAGACCAUCCCUGUCAUAGAACAGGUGGAAUCGUGUGGAUUUACGCAGGACCCGGAUGUGGUUUACUCAGCCGGUGGUGGUGCCAUUUACCAAUUAGUGUCCUUGUCAACAGGAAGAGUAUUAAAGAAAACAGCAAAACCUAUUGAAGAGCUAUUUAUUAUUGGUACACUAUGUAUCCUGAACGGAACUAAGCAGUACUUGGUAUUUUCAGAUCAAACUUUGUUCCUAAUAGAUGUUGAAUCAGCUUUACAAUCGGAAUCUGAAGUAAUUGAAGUGGAAAAUAAGAUUGCAGGUAAUCAUGGUACCAUUGCAGAUAUAAGAUUCGUUGGUCCAAAACGGGAUAAAUUAGCAUUAGCUACUAACUCUCCUACUCUUAGAAUAAUUCCAACCCCAACUUCUUCGGAGGAAGAGUUCGAAAAUGGGGAGAACAAAGAAACAUUUCCUAUUGAAGUAAAGAUGUACGAGGGUCAUACGGAUCUACUCAACUCUUUGGAUGCCACCGCUGAUGGUCUCUGGGUUGCUACAGCAUCCAAGGAUCACAGCGUUAUAUUAUGGAGAUAUCAUGCAAAGUACGAAGACUUUUAUCCAUACACUAAAUUUGUCGGUCAUGUAGGUUCUGUGAAUGCUGUUGGACUUCCUAAUGUUAUGCCACGUUCAUGGCCUGAAUUCAUAAUUACAGCUUCUAACGAUUUGACCAUAAAGAAAUGGAAGGUUCCUAAGGUGACAUCUGAUGAACCCGAAGAUCUAAUACUUGUUAAGACCUCAGAAUAUACCAGAAGGGCGCAUGAAAAGGAUAUCAAUGCUAUCUCCAUUUCACCUAAUGAUUCUCUAUUUGCCACGGCUUCAUACGAUAAGACAUGUAAAAUAUGGAAUUUGGAUGAUGGUGAAUUCCAAGCCACAUUAGCAAACCACAAACGUGGUCUAUGGGACGUUGCAUUCUGUCAAUAUGACAAGUUAUUGGCCACAUGUUCCGGUGACAAGACCAUCAAAAUUUGGUCCUUAGAAUCAUAUGCCGUCGUAAAAACUUUGGAAGGACAUACCAAUGCAGUUCAAAGAUGUUCCUUCAUAAACAAGAACAAGCAACUGAUAAGUACUGGUGCUGAUGGUUUAGUUAUUAUUUGGGAUCUAUCAACUGGUGAAUCGGUCAAGACACUAGAUGCUCACAAUAACCGUAUCUGGGCUCUUGCUGUUAUGAACGAUGGUGAAUCCUUCGUUACAGCAGAUGCUGACGGCUUCUUUGAGUUCUGGAGGGAUAACAGUGAAGAGGAACACGAACGUAACCUCGAGCAAGAGAAACUGAAGAUUGAACAAGAACAAUCAUUACAAAAUUAUCUCUCAGAAGGUGACUGGACUAACGCAUUUUUGCUUGCCAUGACCUUGGAUCACCCAAUGAGAUUGUACAACGUCUUAAGACAAAGUGUAGACAACUCAAAUGAGGAUCCAAAUGUAGUUUUCAACAACGAAAUUGACGAGGUUGUGUCGACUCUAGAUAAAGAUCAACUUCUUCUUUUAGUGAAAAGGUGCAGAGAUUGGAAUACAAAUGCAAGAACACACACAGUAGCCCAAAAGAUGAUAAGGUGUAUUCUUCUAAGACAAAAUAUUGAAGAGUUGAGCGAAAUUCCUGGGCUUGUAAGGAUCGUUGAAUCAAUAAUCUCAUACGCAGAGAGACAUUACUCAAGAAUGGAUAACUUGGUUCAAGAAAGUUAUAUCUUAGAUUACGCUUUAGUUCAAAUGGACAAAUUGCUAUAA